AUGAAGCGACACAUUUUGAGACCUCGCUCAGCGUCACAUGCAGAAGUGCUGUGCGCAAGACCACAAGGUUAUCUUGCCUACCUUGAAGCGUGGCAGAAAGCGCCAUUCCUUGGCACAGCAUGCACCUACGAACGGCUGGACCACGCCUCUUCACCUGCCACACCACACUCCGAGGUCGAAGUGGGCUCCAGCCACAGUCAGGCCGGCGACACAGGAGCCAGUGUUAGUGGGCAACGUGGAGGAAUAUCAAUCGAUUUUCUCCUAAACUUCACAAACCCAUCAGGCUAUCGUCCGUCUGCAACGAUUGCCGCAGAAGCUGCCGAGCUUGAUGAUCCAGAUGGCGAAGCACACACACAGCUAAAUCUGGAAGACCAACAUAUGGCUCACGACCAGGGGUUCUUCGAUCUUGCUGACGUUCCCUCUGUGUUCUUUGGCUUCCCAUUACUGAUGUCAGGCAAGGAUUUCGAGUAUAUAUCUCCGAUAAUAAGCGGUAGUCUAACGCCAGAGCUGGAAGACGCUUACGCUUUGGAAGUCCGUGUGAGAGAACUGAUACACCAACUAUCUACUCAUUACAACUCGAUGUUGGAACGAAAUGCCGAUGUCCAGCCCACUUUCGACAUCCAACUUGCGGAAGCCGUCUUCACAGUGGGUAAUGUGAGACACUUCGUUUGGGCUUUCUUCCGCUAUUUCCACUAUUCGUUUCCCAUACUGCACAAGCCAACAUUCGACAUACAAACAGCAUCACUUCCGCUCUUACUGGUACUCGUUCUUUUUGGGUCAAUGUCUUCUGAUAACUCGGAUAGCUCCAUCGCGAUACGGCAAUUCUCCUAUGUUGCGGAAACAUACAUAUUCGAUCAGUUGGACUCUCGGCAAAUGCUACAGCUCCCUCUUCCGGCCUCCAUUGGAAACGAGGAGCUUGAAUUGCUCCAAGCAGGUCUAUUGUUCUUGGUGUUUUUGAACAACACCAAUGACCUUGUUACACGGCGGCGAAUGCGACUCCGGAGAGUUCCAACACUAAUUGCCGCUGUGCGAGCUUCGGGGUUGUUUGCGUACCAGCGACGACACUUGAUCAUGGGCCAAGACGUAUAUGACUGGCGAGGAUUCAUCUUUGAUGAGAUACGAUUAAGAGCGGGCAUAUGGACAUACAUAUUCGACGCAACUUUAUCAGUGUUCUUCAACAACCCUCCACAAGUCGCUAUCGCUGAGAUGACGGGCAAUCCCCCAUGUGAUGAGGAUCUCUUCAAAGCUGAGUCAGCCGUAGACUUCGAGCGUGCAGCCUCACUUGUACCUCCGAGACCCCGAGUUAAUACGCUGCCCGAACUCAUAUCGCGCCUUCUUUUUGGACCUCCCUGCCGACCUAACGACAAGGAACACGAGCGAAUCUCACCGACAGAAAUGCUAAUACUCAUUUGCGGUUCGUCGUCUCUUUACCCCCACUACAAGACUAUAGCUGACCAAUCGCAGCGUUACUAUCUCUUGUUAUGA